CGACAAAUCCUGCUCUGCCCCUCACAGCCCCGCUCGUCGAUCGACAGCGAACCGGAAGAGAAGCCCUCCCGAUGCCGGUCCUGCUGGAGCCGACUGCUGUGCUGUAGCCGAUUUCGCAAGGGCAACAAGGUGGUCCAACGCCACAAGAUGCAGCCGGACCCGGCCGAGAUGGAAACGGUCAAGUGUUGCUUCUGCUUCAAGCGGACGCGACCCAAGAAGCAGGAAAAACCAAAGAAGCCCAAGCCUAAGGUUAAGUCCAGUUUCAACUGUCUGAGCUGUUGCAUCAUGUGCUGUCCGAAGAAGGGCGACAACGGAAGUCGGAGGACGAGCAACUUCAGCAAGAAGCAGAGUAUAGCGCCGACGAUACCUCCAGAGGAUCUUCGUCCGAAAAUCGACAUGUCCUUGGUGGAGCACUCAUCCAUGAUGCGAGGCGCCAUCCCCGUACUUCCAAUUUGUUUGGCUUACUUUUGUUUGAUUCUCAACGUUGUGAUACCCGGCUCGGGGACCAUCCUGUCCGGAGCGCUGUGUCUCUGCAUUGGAAAGCCACGUUUUUCGCAGCACGACUCGAUCAAGGGUCGCAUCGGAUCGUUCAUCAUCAACUGUAUUGUGGGCGUGUCGCAGUGCUUCACCAUCAUCUUCUGCGUCGUCGGGUGGGGCUGGGCCAUCUGGUGGGGAACCAUUAUGGUGCGAUUGGCAAAACAACACCAAAAGAUUCUGGAGAUGGAAGCUGCGCAGCAGGAAGGCGAAGAGCAGACCACCCUAUCGCAACAAACGGGAGCUUCCAAUCCACCCGUAGCACUGGUUUCUCAAAAUCACCGCCGAGACGUGGAAACGGGUCGAUAAGCGAACCCCUCCAACCCCAACCUAUGUAAUUCCUAAUCCUCACACCGCAAUCGUACCACACCCAUCCCCACUUCCUACUAACCUGCACGAAACACCACCUUACCGAGUCUAUCCACGGGAACGGGACCACAUCCGCCCUCCCCCCAAGUGGAUGAGUUGAUCUCAUUGAGCAAACAUUUUUAUAACAUAUUUUUGAACGCGAAACCGGAAACGAAACAACCUGGUUGGAACCUGGUAACGAUUGGUCUGAAGCAGAGCUUCGGCCGUCGGAUUAUUUAUGUAACUUUCUACUGUUGAGCUUACGGUGUAAUGUACGUUUCCAGAACGCAGAGGACGAAACAGAUGAUGAUUUGUUAGAAAGAAUGGGAAAAAUAAAGUUAUGUCUUUUCACAUUUUACAUUGCAAAACA